GUGCAGAAAGGCCCACGGCUACGUCCCUGCUGCGGGUUCGAGCCUGGGAAAGCCCGGCUGGUAGCGGCGGAGGGCGACAACGUGACCUGACAACAAGGAACCUCCGGGAAAACCGUCAGUCCUAAACUAUGUGCAGCAGAGAGGGUGGAAGGGGUCCCUCAGGGGCGUUUACGACGCACGACCCGAAACACGGCACCUCACGGGCGGACUACGGCCAGCUCUAAAGGCGCCUCAAGCGGACGACGGAGCACGUUAAGACACCGGAAUCAAGACGAAGUUGAGACUUUCACUCCCGAGUCAAAAGGAGCACGCUUCGGUUCUGCUGUGGCGGCAGUUCGGCCGUCGGAAAUCCCCCUCAGCGCGCGGAGGACACCCGGUGGCUGGGAGGCGGAGACGGGACCCCCGCUGACGUCAGAGGGCCUGUCUGUUUCCUGCAAUAGAAAGUGAGCGAGAAGGUGAAGGCAGAAAACACAGCGCUGUCCCCCUCCUCCUCGCCCCAAAAGAUGUUCCAGGAUCGUAGCCCUCGACUCGGCUCGUCUCCAGGUCCAGCGCAAGAAACCGCUUUCCCCAAGAUGCAUCUGUGAGCCGAGGCGCAAAGAUGCCGCGCACCAAGCAGAACAACCCGAAAAACCUCAAAGAUAAAAUCGAAGAGGCACAGAAAGAGCUUAAAGACCCCAAAGGCUCACAAAAAGGGAGAAAUGCAGAUAACAUAAAAGGACUAAAGAGGAAAAAAGUUGUUGCAGAAAGUCAGCUAAAGAAAAUUCCUAAAUCUCCAGUGAAGAAGCCUCUCCAGCUGAAAACGCCUGAAGCUGUUCUCCAAGAACCACUGUCCAAGGAGACCACGCCUUCGUGCUCCUCUUCAUCCAACAGUGCUUCCCAGAAUAGAUCUGUUUUGCCUUUUAGGAAAAGAGAUCCGCAGUAUGCCCAAACCAGCGCAGCGUCCCCUGACAAGGGGUCAGCGACUGACUCUGAAAGGCUAAAGCUGGACCGAACAUCUGCUAAGCCACAACUAUUCAAGACUUCUGAUGCUGAAGAGGGCUCUUUGAAUACUGCGCCAGUGUCUAAAGACAAGAGCCUUGACGGAGAUCCUUACCUCAGCAGUGCUCCUCUUGAUGUUCUACUUAAGGCCAUGGAGCCUGACUUCAGUACACUGGCAGAGAGGAAAAACUCCUUCCAGGUCACAGCCACUGGAAAACCUGCUCCUGCUUUUCAUGCUCAGUCCAGUGGUGAAUUGACAAUGCCAGCUGUUAAUGUUGGUCUCCAGAGCCAGACUUCACACAUGCAGACUUAUUACAUCGACAAACAAGGAAACUUUAUUGGCAUUGCAGCGCUACAGGGAAAUGUGCAGACAUCCUCACAGGGUACCGCCAUCCAGCCCUCCCCACUUGCGGCACCACAUUUUAUGCCUGUUGCUUCGAAUACAGAAAAGCCAAGCUUACAAAUGAACUUUAAUGCUGGACCAUCCACUAUAACUCACGCACCGGUUCCCUCAGGUUCCAACACUCUGCCACAAAGCCAACCGCCAGUUGUGCACACUUGCCAGUCCCUGUCUGCGAGUGUUCCCAGCACCAUUCAGGUCCCAGUUACACCUGGCAGCAACCAUGUUCAGAUGGCCACUGUAAUGAACUUUGGUGCUGAGCAGGUUUCCAAGGAUCAAAAGCCUAAGAAGCCAGGAAAAUAUGUUUGUGAAUACUGCAGCAGGGCAUGUGCAAAACCCAGUGUGUUGCUCAAACACAUCAGGUCUCACACAGGAGAAAGACCAUACCCCUGUGUGACAUGUGGCUUUUCAUUCAAAACCAAGAGCAACUUGUACAAGCACAAGAAAUCGCACGCUCACGCAAUUAAACUUGGUCUCAUUGCACGCUCUGAAUCCGGAAGUGGAUCGUUAUCUCAAGAAUCUGACAAAGCUCUUGGGACACAUUCAGACGCAGAGGAAAGCGGGGACAGCGAUGAAGAAGGUAGCACUGCAGACUUGGACCCUGACUCAUCACAAAGCAGUGCCGCAGCUUCAUCAGAAAACAGUUUACAGAGUUCAGGUACAACUCAAGUAAGCCGUGGAGAAGUGGACUCAUCAGCUGUGGAAUCAGUCAAACUAGCAGCUGUGCAGAGGGCUCAUGAGCCCAAAGUAACCGCUGCUCUUCCAAAAGUUGUUGUAUAUCCAGUGAAUGUCUCUCCUCUGAGGGCAGACAGCCCCAGAGUUACUGGUGCAGCACCUGAGCAAGCUGCUGCACAACGGCAGCGAGACUUUCAGACUGCCAGUCUGAGGUCGAGCAUCACAGUCCUGUCAUCUCUGAAAGAGGUGGAUGGUACAAAUCCCUCACUAGACACUGUGAGUGAAGACGAAGACCAACAGUGCAAGUCUCCACUGUUGGGCGGACAUGCUCAGCUUCAGAGGCAACAAGCAACAGACUUUUCCCAGCAGCAACAGGCUAAAUGUCUGCUUAGUCCCCGCAGUCUGGGAAGUACAGAUUCUGGCUACUUCUCACGUUCUGAAAGUGCUGACCAGGCCAUGAGUCCACCUAGUCCAUUUGUGAAGAUAACUCCACCUGUAGACAUUGACAUUGCCAAGAGUACUCUUCCUAAUGUCCCUCAUGUGGUUUCCACAGUAAUGCAUGCAUCAGUUGAACUUAAGCCUCGGGCCACUGAAGGACAGAUGCGCCCACCGUUGGAUGUCAAAGCACUCUCUCUGGAAGAGCGGAUUUCAAAGUUGAUAUCUGACAAUGAAGCAGUAGUUGACAACAAGCAGCUGGACAGUGUAAAACCGAGGAGAACAUCUGUCUCAAGGAGAGGUAGCAUUGACUCACCAAAAUCCUACAUAUUUAAAGACUCUUUUCAGUUUGACCUGAAACCAAUAGUGCGGAGGUCAAGUUCCAGCUCAGACAUCCCAAAGUCCCCCUUUACCCCCACCGAUAAAUCAAAGCCAGUAUUCCUUCUCUCUGUACCUUCUCAAUAUCCACCAAUGGACUGUUUGCCAAUUACAAGGAGUAACUCUAUGCCUACUACACCAGGACAUUCUGCUCUUCCCAUUAAUGUUGCCCCCAUCCCUCGCCCUUUGCGAAUCUGCCACUCAUUUGAUGACAAAAUAAGUUCACUGAAUGAUGACGUGUUUUCAUCAGCCCCAUCAACCCCAAACCCGGCAAUACAUUCUCGUACAUUAGUCAGACAAGCAGCGAUAGAAGACUUUUCCACAAAUGAGGGGCAUGUUCUCCCCAGUGUUCGCUCAAUGGACGAAGGUUAUCAUGGGCCAAGCAGUUCAACAGAGCUAAUGCAAAGAAGCCGGUCUUUUGAGCACAGUCAAGACAAAACCAGAAGGACUCUGCAGAAUAAAGGCACAAUGUAUGAAUGUGAAACUUGUCGGAAUCGGUACAGAAAGUUGGAGAAUUUUGAAACUCACAAGAAAUUCUAUUGCUCUGAGCUUCAUGGUCCAAAAAACAAGCCGAAUGCUGUUAAGGACACAGAUCAAGAUGUUUUUUAUGUUAACAUACAACAGCCGAUACUGCCUAGACUGACUGGUGGCUCUGGAAUACUUGAUCAACAGACAUCAAUUAGGAAGAGGAGGAUAAUGAAAAGUGUUGGAGAUGAAGACGAUCAGUCUCCAACUGACACCAAUCCACCUUGUUCAGUUAGUUUUGAGUUACCAUCAGCUCUGGCAAGUCAAUCAUUUUCUCAGCCUGCUGUAAUAGUAGACAUACAGCCCAAAAACAACCAGUCAAAGUUAACUCAACUUGUAGCAAGAAGCAUCAAUAAUCCAGAUUCUAGACUGUCCCCAAUACGGGAGACGCAGAUCAGUACCACAACUAAAGUAGAGAUGCAAAGGCAAGGUAGUGGUACUUCAGUCAUUAGACACACCAAUUCACUCAGCAGACCCAAUUCAUUUGAAACGGAAUCUACUGAUAGGGUCUCUCCCAUUGAUAGUAUGGAGAAGAAUCCCUUGACCAAACCUAAAACAGAUGCAGCCACAAUUAUCUCAGCUGACGGCUAUCAUGAAAAACUAUCCCACCCCAACACUGUUGACUUUGGAAAACAAAGGAAGGAACAAAGCACCGAUGGCAUAGUACCAAUAGUUGAAGACACUACUCCUGUACAUCAGUCUCGGUUAGUUCGCCAAAACAACAUCCAAGUUCCAGAAAUUCUAGUCACAGAAGAGCCUGACAGGGAGCAUGAGACACUGACUACUGAGCCAGCAGAGAAGCCCACAGAUCAAUUCAGCUGGCCUCAGAGAAGUGAGAGUCUGUCAAAGUUACCAGCAGAAAAACUUCCACCCAAGAAGAAAAGAAUUCGUCUUGCUCAAAUGGACCACUCCUCUGGUGAGUCCAGUUAUGAGUCCAGCCUUUCACGGAGCCUCAGCAGGGACAGUAGUCUCUCUCGCUGCUCUAGCAUCUCUGCCUCUUUUGAGAGAGAUGAGCCAUCUAGGGCGGACAGUCCAUCGAAAGGGGGAGAGUGUGUGGGCAAAAACCUGGAGCCUCAAGGUUUGCCAACAGCCUUUAACACUCUCGGUGUGCCUGGAAUGAUGAGACGUGCCGCAUCCGAGCAGAUCACUUGCAAUCAACCCGCUGUGGAGAUUUCAUGUGACUACCGUAGCAAGUCCUUUGACUGUGGCAAUGUGUCUCCUAGCAGAUCUUUGUCUCCUGUUGGCCAACCAAAAAGUGCACAAAGUUCUCAAGUGACCCAGGUGUCACUUAUUGAAAGAAGACGGGGGCCAUUAGUUCGCCAGAUGUCGUUAAAGAUAGGCCCAGAGAGUCAGCAACCUAUUCGAAAAGCCGUCACACCUUCCGUGUCAAAUGUUAGCUCUUUAACUCACAACAGAUCCCAGCAGAUUCACAUUGCCAAUUGGCGCACCAUGGCUCAGCCUUUCAUUCUGCAUAGUGGAGAACCACCCUUACAAAAGAAUGAGCAAAUGGUGCAAAGCAUUAAUUUGGGUAGCCCCACUCAGCAGCCUCAAGUCCAUGGCCUUCCACACCCUUGGCAUCAAACAUCAAGGGUUCAAAUAUGCCAAAAGAUAAAACAACCAAUGAGUCAGAUCUUGGUUUGUCAAGAGAAUGUCCAAAACAAACCAGCUAACACUGAAGAGAAGAAAAGUUUUGUGCCCAAAUACCAACUACAGUGUCCCUCUUUAAGAGCCAGCCAAACCUUUUCUUUCUCCACCACACAGGGAGCUCAGAUAGCCUUACCCGUUUUAACCAUACCUAUCGCUAAUCCAAUUUUGAACAUUUCAAAAUCGACAGACGUAAUACAAAAUGUAUAUGUCGCUCAACCUAAUCAACAGGCGUCUGAGAUUAAAACACAGGCUGCGGUUUUGUCUAGUGAACAGCAGAGAGACCACUUUGAUCAAAUCCAAGCAGGCGCCGUACCACUGCCACAGAUCCUGAUAACUCAUGACCAGGUGCACUCCGCUCCGACCGUAUCCAAUAAAAACGCCCUCUCCUCCACUCACAGCGUUGUGAGUGAUGCUCAUGCAAAGAUAGAGAAGACACAAACACCAACAGUGACCACUCUAAACAACACUGGAGGACGAGCACCUUCUCUGGGGUCUUUACACUGCACACAGAAACUGGCAUCAGUGACGCUCUGCCCACAGCAAGAACCAACUGCCUCCAGUAAACGAAUGUUGUCACCUGCCAACAGCCUGGACAUCUACAUGGAAAAGCACCAAAAACGGGCAAAGGAUGAGCAUGGGGUGGCCUGUCUAACUGACGGCAGAUCGGUCAAUUAUCUUAACUCCAAGAUGUCAGAGGUGACCCGACAGCGGAAGCUAACACUUGUUAGGCAGGUUUGCACAACUGAACCAGUGGACAGUCCUAUUGAAACCGAGGCUCCACCUCUUCCCCAGGUUAAGACGGAUGGAGAGAAAGACUCAGAGGCUAGUGAUGAUGUUAAGCCUAUGUCACCUGACAGUGCUGUGCUGGAAAAAGAGACAGGCACUGUUAUUCAGGAGGAGUCAAGCCCUGCCUCGAACACUGCACCUGUCAGCCAGGGUACCGUCAUGCCAGCUAAUAACAACCUGAGGACCCAAGAGAAAGCUGACGACCAAAGGUGGACUCCUGCCAAAUCACCUAUUAGGCCCUCCAGUUUCCACGGUGGUCAGGUGAAACUGACAACAUCAGUGUCUGUGGUUAACACAAAAGACAGCCAUCGCUUGUCGUUCCCCAGCUUAAAGACUGCCACAACGUUUACAUGGUGUUUCCUGAUGAAGAGGAAACCUCUGCAUGUUCCGCAGAAUGACUUAAAGACUUCAGCAUACGCUGCCUGGACAGUUGGCUCCAACAACCCUAAUCCGCUUGGGCUUCCCACCAAGGUGGUCAUGUCACUGUUUGACUCCAAGCAGAGCUCCAAGAAAAUGCAUUACACCUCAGCCAUAAGAACUAGUGGGAAAUCUGACAUCUUGUCUUACUCUGGCAAGCUGAAGGAUGUCAUGCCCAAGAUGCCAAUAACCCAAAAGUCUGCAUCGGUUGAAACCAGAUGUAAAGGGCAACCAGAAACCCAGAGCAGCAAUGACUCAGACAAAGACAUGUCAUCUAAAACAGAACAGAGACGGGUGAAGAUUUUUGAUGGGGGAUAUAAAUCCAAUGAAGAGUAUGUUUACGUACGUGGGCGUGGACGAGGUAAAUACAUCUGUGAGGAAUGUGGGAUCCGUUGUAAGAAGCCCAGCAUGUUGCGCAAACACAUUCGCACCCACUCUGAUGUCCGGCCGUACCACUGCGUCCACUGCAACUUCUCCUUCAAGACAAAAGGAAAUUUGACCAAACACAUGAAAUCCAAGGCCCAUAUUAAAAAAUGCAUGGAGAUGGGGGUGCCUCAGGGUCUGAUUGAGGAUCAGGAUGCAGAAGACUCUGGAGAUCGCAGUCAGCUUAGCAGUGCUGACCGUCAGGAUUCAGAUGGGGAUGAGUCUGAUGGCCCUGAUGACGAGGAGAAUGAUGAGAAUGAGGAGGAAGAGGAAGACAGCCAGGCAGAGUCUGGCUUGUCUACCAACCCUUCUGUUUCUGCCAGUCCGCAGCAUAUUCCUUCCAAAGAGGCUGAAGUCCCUCCUAGUGCCCUCCUAGCACAGAUGUCAAUCAGCUCAGUCUCUCUCUCUCUGUCUCAGCCUCCAGCUCCAGAAUAUCACAAACUGGACUUAGAGUCUGUCCCUAUGAUGAGUCCCCUGUCCCUGAGCAAGCGGAUAUCCAUCUCUGGAUCCUGCUGCAGCCCAGUGCCCCUUCAUAACUCUCCUCCAGCUGUUGCCACCGUAUCAGAAUCCUGUACCUCAGACACAGAGUCAGUGCACAUGAUGAGCCCAGUUUCACCAUGCAGGCAGAUGUCCAUCGACUACCCUGACUUUGACGUGCCCCCUAGUCCCCCAGUGCCAGGCAAGGGCUCCAAGCUAGGCCAGGAUGCCACCGCUACCCGUCCUCCUCUGGUGACCACUGAAUCAGGCAUACCAGUGGAUCGCGGCACUCAAACGUCCUCUUAUGCUUCUCAAGGUCCCCCACACUUCCCCCCACAGGGUCUAUGCCACGCACCGGGAGCAGAAACCCAGACCCACUUAUUCAGCCACCUGCCAUUGCACUCCCAGCAGCCUUCUCGCUCUUCUUACAGCAUGGUCCCGGUCGGGGGGAUCCAGCUGGUGCCUGCUGGCCUCGCAGCCUACUCCACUUUUGUACCAAUCCAGGCGGGCCCUGUCCAGCUCACAAUCCCAGCUGUGAGUGUCAUUCACAGAAACACAAGUCCGUUACCAGCUCCCAACACUCCACCGCAACCAGAGGGCUUGCAGACCCCCCAGCCACUUGUGGUCCAGGAACCAAUCAGUAGUGUCCUUCCCUGCUUCCCCCUGGGGCAAGUAGCUGGCCUACAGGCUCAAACGAUCCAACCAGUGGGUCUGGAGACACUCAUGGGGCUGACUAACACAGGCCUGGCAUCCACUCAAAUUCUCCCCCAGCAAGGGCUAACCCUCAAUGCCACCCUGGGGCUGCAGGUUUUAGCUGCGAACCCUACCUCUCAAAGCAGCACACAUGUCCCAGGUCUACAGAUAGUUAACAUUGCCCUGCCUGCCAUAAUUCCUUCUCUCAGCCCUCUCUCCACUCUUAGUCCUCUCCCUGGAUCGUCUGAGAGGCAGGGCAGCCCUGAAGCUCCUGGAAUACAGCCAUCACAAAAUGAACACGGGCUUGGUUCUUCACAUGGCUGCAUGCCGGCUUCACCAGCCUCCUCGUUGAAGGUCAGCAGCCCUUCAGAAGGAACCUCAGGCAGCAGGGCGAGCCCCGGAGGCAACAACAAAGCAGAGCCCACCAAGACUAUUGAUAGGGAACACGAUAAUCCUCCACAACAGCAUCCGCAUCCAUCAGCAGCUGUUGAGACCCAGGCAGACUGUGUUAGGGAUUCACCAGAGGGAGCUGGAGACCUUGCACCUCCAAGACCACCACCAGUAACCAGCUGGCAGAAGGUGAUUGAUGACUAUAACGAGGCAUCCAGCGAUGAUGAAGACAGACUUAUUAUUGCCACCUGAAACCCCAUGUCAAAAGCUCUUGUUCUCUUUUGUAAUUCUUGUCACUUUGUAUGACUAUAAACACUUUCAGGGGUUUGUUUCUUUGCAAAUCUCCUUUCAAAGCACAGAUGCUGACAUCCAUAUUGUAUGUGCAAUCAUAUGAUGAUUAUAAUAAUGACCAAUCAGUUUAUUUUUACUUUGUCAGCUCCAGACAGUUUCUUUUUUGUACAUGUUGUAUAGAAAAUUGUGCCUUUUAUGGAGUUUGUUUAGAACUUGUAAAUAUUCCUUAUAAAUUCUGUAGUUGCUUGUGUUUAUUUCAAAAAAAUAGAAGAGGCAUAAACAAUUAACGAUAUGAAUUUUAUUUUGGAGAUUUGUCAUUCGUAAAUCUAUGGAAAUUAUAAAUGUUGUACUAGUAUAUGUACAUUUCUAUGGAUUAUUAUGGGGCAAUGUUUCUGUGUACAGAUGUUGUGUUAAACUAUUUAUUAUAAUCCAUCUAGUGCCCAUUAUGAUUCAUAAGGUAUGUGCAUCAUUGUAGCUUUACAUCGCUGUAUUAAUAUUCUUAACUGUAUCAGUAAAAAUUUGUUUACGAAUAUUAAACUAGUGUCACUGUAUUUGGCCAAUUAAAUACUACAAACAAGGUCA